CAACAGAUGUUGAAUCCACCGAUCGUGUUGAUUUCUCGGUAGCAUCAACGUCGCCUAGCGAUCAAUACUUAGUAUUUCACUUCGUCUUUGUCUACAAAAUUCAGUUUUACCGUACAAAACAAAAGGAUUUAACUGGGAUUAAGUGGCAUUAUUUUUUCUAACGUGCCGUUUGGUGGCACUGUGGUCAUUACAGUUGCAGGGGAAUGCCACGGUUCAAAAUGUAAUGACAGAACAAAAAGGUAGACAAAAAUGACAGGAUUAGUGUAAAUAAAAUGGAUUACAUCAAGCAGUUUGAGAUCGAGUUGGAUAAGGAUGUGUACUAUGCCGGCGAAACGUUGUCUGGCUGUGUUCUGGUAAAAAAUACAGAAAAUGUGAAAGUACAAGGCAUACGUUUGGUGCUGCGUGGAAAAGCUCAUGUUGAAUGGAGGAUAACCAAAGCUGGUGAAAGGAGAACAGUUAGAGACGACGAAUAUUAUAUUGACGAGAAAAAAGUCAUCUGGGGCAAAGAUAAACAUGAAGAUGGUGGAAUUCCUAUCAUGCCUAGAGGCAACCAUAGAUACCAUUUUCAGUUCAAGCUACCAGAAAGUGCACUCCCUUCCUCAUUUGAGAGUAAAAUUGGAACGAUCAGAUACUACAUACGAAUGACAAUGGACAUUCCUUAUUCUUCUUCUCCACAAGGAAUAAAAUAUUUCACAAUCGUUGGUCCCCACAUUGAUUGUAUGGAGGAGAAAUAUCUGACUCCAACCAGAGGAAGUGAUAAGAGGAAUUCGUGUUGUCUUUGUUGUAAUCGGGGACCAGUUAGCCUACAAGCAGAACUAGAAAGAAGUGCGUACUGCUGUGGAGAAAAUCUUAGAUUAAAAGCUACAGUUCAGAACGGCAGUUCUCAAGAAGUUUGGUUAUUUUGUAAAUUAGUCCAGGUUGUAGAUUUCUUCAUUAAUAAAGGAGUCCUGGGACUAAGUAAGUCUGCAUCACAUCGGGUUUGGGAAUAUAAAGGCGAAAAUGUAUGUCCAGACCACAGUGAAAAAUUUGACAACCUUUAUUGUUUGCUUCAAGUUCCAAUCAUGCCACCUACCAUUAUGUUAGAAGUUUGUAGUGUCAUCCAAAUUUCAUAUGAAUUACAGGUAUGCUUGAUAAUGGCUGAUAAAGGACAAGUUUUAGAGCUAGACUUUCCCAUUACUGUGGCUACAGCUCCUUACCGUGUCACAAAUGCACCAUUCCCUAUCUUACAGUAUGAUCAUGCAAUUACAAGUGUUGAAGGAGGCAUGUAUGUCAGUUCAGAAUUUCAGCUGGGCCAAGUGUACAUUGGAGAAGGAGAAGAACCUGACGAUGAAGUAAUAUUGUACCGACCUGUCUAUGUGUGUGUACCUCAUGAGAAAAUCAUGGUUACAAACAUAGACAGGGAAGGUCAUAUGAGUCGAGCUGGUUCUAGAAUUUCUAUGACUCGACUAAAUGACAGAAAAUUCCAGUUAGACUCUAGAUCGUCCAAAUCUCGGUCUGAAGAAAUUAAACGAGAGGACAGUAUAACUGAUUCUCCUGUUUUAGAGAGGAGUAGAACAUUAUUGAGUCCUGAUAGUGCAAGUAUGGACAGAGGUAGUGACAUUGAAGUUAACAAAACUCCAUCAGAAGAUAUUUCAAAGUCGGAACCAGAAACGCCUGUUAGUGUACCGGAAACGCCUGUUAGUAUUCCGGAAACGCCUGUUAGUAUUCCGGAAAUCAGUAAAUCAGAGGAAGUGACGUUACAUCUAGAGGACAUGGAUAGUUCUGUUACUGAUCUAAACACUUUUAAAAACUGCAAUGGCACAUCAGUUAAUACUGAUAUCUGCAAGGAAAGUUGUGAAAGUGUGGUGAACGAUUCUGUUGUUAAUAAAACUGUAACGCAAAUUGUAGAAACUCAAACAGAAGUUUUGAAGGACAGUACGGAAACGUCAAGUUGCAAAAAAAUGUAUGCAAAUGAUGAACCUGCAAAUAUAAAGUGUGAUCAUACACCAGAAGUGAUCCUUGUUAGGUCCGAUCAAGAAACGGAAGAACCAUCAGAGAAAACCUAAGCGUAGAUAGAAUGUCUAACUAUGAUGGAUACUUAAACAAAAAAGCUUGAUAUUAGAAGAUAUGGAGACUUGUGGUAUAAAUCCACUAUGGAAAACUUUUUUCGAUACAAAAUAUAACUGUGAAGAUUUCAUACUCGACAUCAAUCUAAAUGUCAUAUAUAUUCAUUGAUGCCUAUUUGAUACAUGUGUUGUUUUCUAUAUUUCUACUAUCAGAGCACCUUAAAUAUUGUAGUGUAUUUUUAUAGUGGUCAUUU